AUGAAUGCUCUCCUUGGGAAUUUAGGUGGAUCAGAUUAGGCUGUUAUUUAAGCCGCAUACCCUGGAGAGUACGUAAAAUUAACAGGCAUCGGAAGAGGUUCUUAUGCAUAGGUGUACAAAGCAGAAACUGCUGAUGGACAAGUAGUGGCUAUAAAAGUGAUCGACUUAAAAAAUAUGCAAAAGGAGAUCAUACCUUACAUGUAAAACGAGAUGAAAUUGUUAUCAGAGAGUGACAACAAAAAUGUGAUUAAAUUAUUUAAAAGUCAAUAAACUCACGAUAAAUUGAUAUUAGUUCUGGAGUUUUGUUAAUUAGAUGUUGAAUAUUUGGUGAAAAGGUAUUACAAAGGCAAAUUGCCAGACGACUUGGCGAUAAUUAUUUUGAGAUAGCUUGUAAAUGGAUUGUGUUAUUUGCAUGCGAAUAAGAUCAUUCACCGAGACUUGAAGUUAGAAAACUUUGCUAUUCACAUGUCAAACGACGAUUAGGUUGCCUUGUAGACUAGAAAUGAUCUCUCAGUAUUCGAAAGAGCAACCUAUAAAUUGAUUGAUUUAGGAUUAGCCAAGAAGUUGGAAGACCUUUAGUCGUAAACAAGUACUUGGGCAGGAACUGAAUUAAACAUGGCUCCUGAGAUUUUAAACGAAUAAAAGUACUCAUUCCAAGCUGACAUGUACAGUCUCGGAGUCUGCUUGUACUACAUGUUGUCUGGUAAAUAUCCUUAUUUUGAUCCAACAAAUCGAACUCCACUUUAAGAUUUAAUUAAGAAGGAGAAUGCUGAUUUUAAUCACAUUGCUAAUCUUUAAUUGAGGAGUCUCAUAAUAAGAAUGCUUAAAUACGAUCCAAAACAAAGAAUUACAUUUUAGGAAUUAUAUUAACAUGAAUUUUUUAAGUUCAAAGAAGGAGAUCUAUCUAAUCCAAUCGAUUUAGAAUUAAAAGAGAAUUAAAUCAUUUAUUCAUAAAAAUUUGAUGAGUCAAUUUUGGAUUAUGGUCAACAAAAAUAAUAAAUUGAAGAUAAUCAAGUUAAAUUUGAUAGCAAAAGUGAUGUUAAGAAAGUCCUUAAAGAAGAUAAAUAAGAAUAAAUGGACAAUUACAUCAAAGAUUUAAAUUCUGAAGUCUUUCCACAAAUUCCUAUUCAACCCAAAAAUAAUAUUCCUACCAAAAUAUAUGAUAACUCAAAAAAAGAGGACGAUUAAAUUAUGCAACUUUAUAAUACAAGAAAUUAAUACCUAGCAAUUUUGAAAUUAGCUGAUUAUAUCGAAUAAUUGAUACCUCUAGUUAAAUAAAGCAAGCUUAGUUACAUGUCAAUGGAAUCGACGUUUAACAUGUACGUUGAAUAUCUAAGGAUGGUCUCUAAACAAAUAUUCAUAAAGUUAUAACACAGAUUCUCUUUCUAUUAACCUACUUUAGGGUCUUAUGAUAGGUAUUCACUAUUGGAAAAAUAAGUGAAAGGAGAAGAUAAAAAAAGACUUGAUAAUAUUACUGUUAGGGAAGGAGCCAGCACUGGAUUAAUUUCAUGGUUCAGGAAGAGUGUCAUGAAAUAAAUACAAUGCGAACCCAACGACUCCCUGGACUUUAAUAAGCAAUACGAAUAAACCAACAUUGAAUUGUACAAAGAAUUAUUGAAGAUGUUGCAAGAUUCAUUUUACAAAUAUAAAGAUGAUAAUGAUUCUGAACUGAAAAAAAUCAAAUGUCUAAUUUACUUAUCAAUGAUAGAUACAGCUAGAUCGAGAGUACUAUUCUAAGUAGAUCAAAAAAAUAUUGAUUAUAAAAUUGAAGAACUACUAUUAAACAAGGCUAAAGAAGAACCAGACAUACUUUCAGAAAAGGUAACCACUAUUUUGGGUUAAUAUAAUUUAAAAUAUGUCUGAUCUAUUUUAUUCCUAUAAAAUUGCAAGUUAUA